UUCACAAGUGUAGUACAAGUCGGCCGCGUGAAGUGUCGCAUAAACAGUACAAUAUUAUCACACUAUUCGACAAUAAUUGUUUAUUUACAGAUAAUUAUACAAUGUAUAUAUAAGUAUAUUUCAUUUAUUUUCACGUUAAAGUGGCGGUGAAAUUAAAUUCGGUUAUAAAUUAUUACGCACACCAAUAUUUUAUAUAUUCGAAAUAUCGUCGUAUAAAAAUGAUAACGGCUUCAAUGUAUUUCGCGAGUUGCAGCAAGGUUAUGCUGUUAGCCAUAUUUAUUCUGAAAUAUGGCAUCGUGUUACAAAGCGAGUUGGCCCACGCCAUUGAUUAUUCGGUCAAAAACCAAGACCCUGCAACGUUCAAAGAAGUAUAUUUAUUUUCCGACAAAUAUAAGAUCUACAAUAUGUCAAAUCGCGUGUUUUAUUGGCUGUAUACUAGAGAACAGCCCAAAGGUCAACUUUUAAACAGAAGUGAUCCGAACAUGAUAAAAUCGACAAACUUUAAUGUCGAAAAUCCAACAAAAAUUCUCGUACACGAUUGGCUGGGAAGUUUUUACGAAAAAGAAUGCUUUUGCGCACACAUAGUGCAAGCAUAUUUACUCGUGGGAGUUUACAACGUGAUUUGCGUGGAUUGGAUGCAAUUCUCUUUUGAUAUAAUGUAUGCAUCGGCAAAAAUCAAUGUUAAAUACAUCGGUUACGAUAUAGCUAAAGUUUUGAACAUUUUAUCGAAUGACAUGUCGAGUGUAGGGUCUGAGAAUAUCCACUUGAUCGGUCACGGCUUGGGAGCCCAUAUCGUCGGAUACACUGGGAAAAUGUUAAGCGGUAAAAUUUCUCGGAUAACCGGAUUAGAUCCUGCUAAGCAACUAUACGAAAAUACUGAUCCGAAAUACAGGAUCAAUAAAAAUGACGCGACCUUUGUAGACAUUAUACAUACAAACGGAAAUGGUUUCGGGUUGAUUGAGCCACUGGGUCAUAUCGACUUUUACCCGAAUGGAGGAAAAACACAAAUGAAUUGCAGACUAUUAGAUAGAGUUACCGGCGGUGCGUGCAGUCACACCAAAGCUUUCAAUUUUUUCGCCCACUCCAUUUUGGCUAGAAAAGAAUGCAAAGCACUCCAAUGCACCAAAUGGAGCGAGUACGAAGCGGGCGAGUGUGGUGAAUUCGCCAAAAGUACAUACAUGGGUGAACACGUGGACAAAAAUCAAACCGGAAUUUAUUAUUUAUGAAUGCGACUCGACUGCGUGUACCAUAAUAUCAUAAUUAUUAGAUGGACUCGGAUUGGCUCGGACGUAUUUAUGUACAUGAAUAUCACUGAGUAUACUGAAACUGUCAUUAUAAAAAUAUGUAAACCGCAAUACGUGAAUAUAUAUUAUACAUAUAGCUGCUAUGUUAACGAAUAGUGUCGUAUACAUGUUAUUGUUAUUUUUAUCUGUUGAAACUUUUAAGUGUAUACAACUGUAUAAUAUUAUAUAUAUAUAUAUAUCAAAUGUAAGUUUGAGUCAAGUUUACACGCGUAUUUCGCGGAUCUACCAGACUUAUUUUGUUUAGACUGUUGAAAUUAAUCUGGACCUGCAUCCUCGCACGGAUUUCAAAUCCUCUUAUUUUUAAUCCGUGCGUUUAUUUAUUAGAAAAUAACAUAUUCAUUAUCCGUCCUUAAUUUGUAAUGACUAAUAACAAUUAUAGAUAAUAUAGAAUUUAAAAAUGUA